CCUUAAUCUUAAAAAAAAAUAUAAAAAUUGAUUGGGUUGGCCACGUGUAAGUCGACUAUUGGGUUUAUGACGUUACAUGUUCAUAUUCCGGCGCGGUGAAAAAAAAAGAAAAAAAAGAGGAGCACCUCUCAGUUUGGCAGCAGAGUCUACGGCCAACCUCAAUAGGAGGAAUUUUUUCAUUUCAUCUUCUUCCUUCAUCAUCUAUUAUCAUCAGGUUUUAGAGAUGGCUACUUGAUUCGGUUGGAAUUCACGUGAUUUGGGUGUAAUCCAGGAAAUGUGGUGAAUAUGUUUAGGUUUUGAUGUGGGGGCUUCCUUUUGAUUCAAAGUUGUGGGUUUUGAAUUCAGUGGAUUAAUUGAAAUCUUUGGUUGUGUAUUAAGCAUUUGUGAUUCUCUUUUUCUUUGGAGAAUGAACUGUUAGUUUUAUCUGUAGGUAUUUCCACAUUUGUGAAACAAAUGCACUCAAUCGGAUACCGAGCGAAUGCCUUGGUGACUUUUGCAUUGACCAUUCUGGCUGUGAUGUGCGUAAUUGUCUCUGUCUCUGACUGGUUCAACCAUCCCUCUCCCACCUCCCAAGUCGAGGUUGUGAACAUCAAUUGGUUCUCAAAAAAUCCAGAUGGUGAUGAUGAGGUGAGCUUGACUAUGUACAUUACGGCAAACUUGCAGUCACUGUUUACGUGGAAUACGAAGCAGGUUUUUGUGUUUGUAGCGGCCGAGUAUGGAACCAGGAAAAAUGCCUUGAAUCAGGUAUCUCUAUGGGACGGCAUCAUACCUUCUAAAGAAAAAGCAAAUUUUAAUAUUCACGUCCACAACAAGUACCGCUUUGUUGAUCAGGGAAGUAACCUAAGAGGUAAGGACUUCAACUUGACAUUGCACUGGCAUGUGAUGCCGAAGGUUGGAAAGAUGUUCGCUGACAAAAUCGUGAUGCCUGGGUAUCGGCUGCCAGAGGCUUACAGAUGA